AUGGCUUCCUCACAUCACAAUGUUGAUCAAGUUACAACCAAUGAUGAUGAGAUUUCACAACCAGCGAUGAACAUUUUGCAUACAAAUCUUUGUCUCGUUCCGUAUCUCGAUGUGUAUUCGGCUGAACUGCAAAUGGUAAAAGGGGUAGAAGGACCAUCGAAAGGGUAUAAAGUUACUAUGAAAAAGAAACAAGAAGAAAAGCCUAGAGAAGUGGAAGAGGAGUUGGUUGAAGAAACUAUACCCACAAAGACUAGUAAAUGGGGUGAACCAGCUGCAAAAAAGCAUGGUGCCAAAAGAGUUAAAAAGCUACAGUUUACCAGAAAGGGUGUUGUACUCCGUGUGCUUUCAACUCCAGGAUCCCCAACUUCAAAGAAGCAUCAAGCUUUAGAUGUUGACUAA